AUGACCGACCCACUAUCCCUCGAGUCCUCACUCUCCAGUCUCAUCACUGUCGGUACCCGAAUCUCGCACCAGCUCACCGAGUUCCUCACUACCUCUACCCCCGACUCUCCCAACGAGAUCGCUGCGCUCUUGCACGAGCUAUCCGAACUCUGCAGCAUUCUACUGCAGCUUAAAGCUGCACAUACCCGAGGCAAUGCCGAGCUUGGUGGGGUUGAGUUUCGAAACGUGUUGGCGAGCUGUAUGGACAAGUUCGUGCAGCUGCGGAUGCUGGUGAAUGCGUACGGUGUGGGUAAGAGCGAUGAGACGUGGUGUAAAAAGUGGAGGUGCUGGAAUAGGAUAUUCGAGGGCGAAGAAGUCGUAGCGUUGAGGGUGCAGCUGGAGGCACACAAGAUUACAUUGAAAGUUUCAUUAGUUCUGACCAAUGACAUUGAACCUGCGGCAAUAAAGGAUACUGCGAAUAUGAUUGAGACCACAGCAAAAGAAAUUGAACAACGACUUGCAGAAGAGAUAUGUGAGGCCACAGCGGCAUCGGCGAAGUACCAAGAUAGCUCUAUCCUGCAGAGGUAUCUUACUAGUGCUUCUUCGGAUGUAUCGUCACGGACAACUUCUCCUGCAGUGGAACCGGAUUCGGUGGACCAAUUGCUUAUUCCGAGUAUAUCCAAUGGCACAAGUGAAGUUAAAAGGAGUGCUAGGAAACAGUUAGCUACUGUAACUUCAGCCCCUCUACCACGAUCUCAGCCAUCUUAUAUCUCAAGCUCGCCGAUGAAGUCCUCCCCACGGGUAAAGUCCGCAUCACCCUUAAAGACCUCUUCGGCCAUGGGACCGCCUCCAUCGCGGGGAUCAAGGCCACCACCACCACCAAGACACAAGACGGACCCUACAGCGUCAAUGCGGCCACUCCAUGCCCGUACCCAUUCUCUCCCCACAAAUAAAACGAAGCUCACCUAUAGCACCACUUCACACUCACACUCACACUCCCGAACGAAUUCGUUACCAACCAACAAAACCGCCCUUGCAUUGGGAACUGGGAGUUCUGAUACAUUCACUGCCGAACUAACACGCAUCUAUAACGAACCAUCGACACGACAAUGGUGCACCACUGCUAUUUCACCAUCCCGUCUGAAUGCCAAUCAUACUCUUGGCUCAACACUCACCGCCUUACACACAACCACCCUAGGUUCCUCCCGCGAUAUGGCCAAGACGAAAACAACGUUCCACCAGAAGGAGACAUUUGCAAAAGUUAAAUCAAUGAACACGACAUUUGAGUCUGCCUUCUCAGCCGUGUUUGCAAAAAUGUGGAGCAAGCUUGAAGAGGGCGUCACAAGGCUAACUAAUAUGUACCAUUACUUUGAACUCGUCGGAGGUGGCGAAGUGGGGGGCGGGUGUGCUGUGGGUGUGUGGGUAUGGGUCCUUGAGAGGUUGCUGAGGGGCCUACUAUCUCUGCGGGUAGAGAUCGAGAGACGUCACGAGGUCGUGCAGAUGGUACUUGCGGAGCGAGAUAGGGUGUUAGAGAGGGCUGUGAGGGGUGUUAUGGAGAAGAUGGUGGAUGACGGAAUUAUUGGUGCAAAGGCGGGUACGGACAUGAAAGCCGCAGCAAAGCAGUUCGAGACGACCCUUGAGAAGACGCAGUCUCCCAUCACAAAGACCUGCCAAAAUAUCCUGGCAGGUCUCACCAGUAGCUUGCACCAUGUCGAGAAGAUCAUCGAUGCGACAAAAGACAUCAUCCCCGCUUUUGGGAUCGUAUCGAAAUCUGGAACCUUGGCGCGAAGUGCUGGUUCGGUUCUGGACGUGGAGAUGGUAAGAGUCGCGGCCGCACGGUUAGAAGUUGGAUUGGAGAGGGUUCGAGGAAUGUUAGAGAUUGGCACUAGUGUUGUAAGCAGAGGAGUAGGCGUAUUGGGAAAGGGGGAAGGGGAGACAAUCUAG